UUCACUAAUGACUGAUUUAUUGAUGGAAUUAAUUACUUCAUCUCUUAUAUUUAAUAUAUAUCCCUGCAAUGACUUGACAUGAUUUAUUUUUCAUGACUAAAAAUUAAAGUGGAUCUAAAGUCCCAAAUCUUUAAAGCAAACACACAUUGUCUGCGCCAGCGCUAGCAAAAACACGGUACUGUGAUUAAUAUUGCGUUGGUGGAGUAAUAAUGAAAGAGAGUAACGAAUCAACGAAAGGGGUACGCCGUGUGGCUCGAAAACCUGACGCGGAGUGUUGCCACGAUCGCGGGUCGCCAUUCAACUGUGAUUGUUACGCAUUAUUAUCCAUUUUAAAGUGUCGAAAAUAGCUUGAGAACAAAAACCCAUUAGCAUUCUUGAAUGCGCCACUGUUUGAGAACUGUUGUAAAACGCUCACUUUGCGGAGCAGCGAAGCGGAACUGUCGGGAUGGUUUUUAUGUAUUUUUUAUUUUUAGAAGUUGAGUUGAGUUAGAUGCAUUUGAGCGAGACAGUUUUGUUAAAAAUCGAUCGCUGUAAUGCUCCUGUGGAGAAAGAAUCAGGUCGGCCGCGAAGGUAAGCGCGUGCAGAUUGAUUUCGGCCUACUCAACGGUUUAUUUAGUGCAUCACUCAUGACUCUUUAAGACCUUUGAAAAAGAGUUUGGGACGAUGCUGUAACCACAGUCGUUUGCGUUUUGGACAUGUUAACGGCUUUUUGUCAGGUCGGGAGGGAUGAACACGUCGUUAUCUACCAACCCAAUCAGCGAAAGCGCACUAAAUUAGCGAUUUUGCAGCGUGUUAAAUUCGCCUUUGAACGGGAUUUUGUUGUGUUGAUGAUGGUGCGAAACGGUACAAUAACAUCUUCAAAUGUAACAGAAAGUUUGACAUCUUGGGUUUCAUUCCACUUGAAUAUUUAAGGUCAUUAUUGUGGAUUGGAACUGCAUCGGGCAUGCGCUAGAAACAAUUUGCAUGUAGCGCGUGAUGUCAAGAGAAUUGCUGUACAUGAGCCUGUCACACAUGUGGAUGUAAUAUUACAUGGUUGCCCGUAAUUAGCUUCCAAUAGGUGAUAACCGACGAAGAAAAAGAUAAAGAAGUAGUGUGUGUGUGUGUGUGUAUGUGUGUGUUUGGAAGCACAUGAGUGGAGCAUGUGAUUUCAGCAAGGUCACUUCAUUGCAUAUUAAAUUACGACGACGACCAUGUGACCACUUUUUUUUUUCUUAAACCCAUCAAUGUGUGCGCGCGUACGUGCUUGUGUGCGUCUUUUUGUGCGUAUGUGUGUACUUGCGUGUGUGUGUGUCAUGGUGUACGUUCAUGUGUGUAAAAUAGAAUUUUAUGAAUGAGAGGAUGAGAUGUGUGUGUGUGUGGUGCUGAUGCGAGAAAAAGAAGAGCGAAAGAGAGAGUGAGUGAGGAGGAGGAAGAGGAGAGUGUGGAUCAGAGCAAUCGGGCAGCGGAAGACGAGACACCGAGAUGGAUUGAGGUCCGACGGACAAUCAGUUGGGAUGGACCAAACCAGAAUCUCCCCGAUGGGAAACGGAACUUUCCUGCGCUUCUCGCCGACGUCAGUUUCCGGAUCGGCGUCGGCGGGCGAGGCCGGCGGUGUCUACGUGUACGUGUGGCUGUUCCUGGGCCUGCUGCUGCUCCUCCUCAGCCUGCUGGUCAUCGCCCUCCAUAGGCUGAAGAACAUUAUCUCCUCCUCCUCCUGCGGCGAACCUCGAGGCUCCUUCGCCAACGUGGAGAUCCGCAGCAUCUCGUCCUCGCCGAAGUCCACGCCGUCCUCGCUACGCGCCUGAGGCGCGCACAUGGGCAGAAAAACACACGCGCAGCCAUGCUGCAAAGACUUCUGGGAAAUGAA